GAAGAAAAGAAAUAGUAACACUAGGUCCAUCUUGCUCAGACGAUUUUUGAAACCCAAGAAUAACCCUAAAAAUCUUUUUAGGGACUCCAUUUAAGGAGCUAGCAUUUGGGGCCAGUUUGGCUAUUCAAAUUUGAUGCCAUUAGCCUACGCAGCCCCCCGUUUAUUCUCUCUUCUCUUUCACCAUCUCUGUUGUGGUCUUCUCAUGACCACGUUCACCUAUGACUCAACCCAACAACAACACUCCUCCAUUUUCUAACCCAUCUUACAACAUUUCCAUGAACUCUUCUCACUGUUAUUAUCCUCAGUUUCACCGCUCGAAAUGUUAAAGUCCCUUAAACCCAGGCGUUUCUCUCAUCUGGGCCGUCUUCAAUUUUCUUCAAUACCCGAAAUUGAUGAACAAUUUGUUUCCCUACAUACAAUACCGGAAAAAAGGAAUUUUUCUUUCGUUGUUUCAAAGGUUUCUGAAAUUUUGUCUAAUCCGCGAAUGCAAUGGAAGACAAGCAGAGAGCUUGAAUCCUUGAGCUCCAAAUUAAGACCCCGCCACGUGGCAAAACUCGUUGAGAUCCAUGAAAAUACUGAAGUAGCUUUGCAGUUUUUUUAUUGGGUUUCUAAGAGGCAUUUUUACAAACACGAUAUGAGCUGUUAUGUUUCGAUGUUAAAUAGGCUUGUUUUUGAUAAGAAAUUUGCUCCUGCUGAUCAUGUGAGGAUUUUAAUGAUCAAAGCUUGUAGGAAUGAGGAGGAAAUGAAAUGGGUUAUUGACUAUUUAAGUGAACUUAGCAGAAAAGGUCUUGGGUUCAGUUUGUAUAGCUUUAAUACUUUGUUGAUUCAGUUGGGUAAGUUUGACUUGGUUGAGGCAGCUAAGAGUGCUUAUCAAGAAAUCAUGAGUAAUGGAAUCGAGCCGAGUUUAUUGACUUUUAAUACUAUGAUAAACAUAUUGUGCAAGAAAGGGAGAGUCCAGGAGGCCAUGUUGAUAAUGGGUCAUAUUUAUCAGCGCGAACUGAGUCCUGAUGUAUUUACAUAUACAUCUUUGAUUCUUGGGCAUUGUAGGAACAAGGAUUUGGAUGCAGCGUUUAUGGUGUUUGAUAGGAUGGUUCAGGACGGAAUAGAUCCGAAUGCAGCAAGUUAUACUACUCUUAUAAAUGGACUCUGCACGGUGGAGAGAGUUGAUGAGGCUUUGGGUAUGCUUGAGGAGAUGAUUGAGAAAGGCAUUGAACCCACUGUGUAUACAUACACAGUUCCAGUUAGUUCCUUGUGUGCAGUUGGACGGGAGAAGGAGGCUGUUGAUCUUGUAGUGAGCAUGAGAAAGAGGGGAUGUGAACCGAAUGUCCAGACAUAUACAGCUCUAAUUAGCGGGCUGUCUCAAUCUGGCCACCUUGAAGUGGCGAUUGGAUUGUACCACAACAUGAUUAGAAAAGGUUUGCUCCCAACUAUGAUUACAUUCAAUGUAUUGAUAAAUGAAUUAUGUGGAGCAAGAAAAGUUGGUAAUGCUUUUAGAAUUUUCCGUUGGAUGGAAGCACAUGGAUACGUACCCAACACUAUAACUUGCAAUGCACUUAUCCAUGGAUUAUGCUUGAUUGGGAAUAUUGAAAGGGCAAUGGUUCUACUCACUGAAAUGCUAAAGGUGGGUCCGGCUCCUACAGUGAUUACUUAUAAUACCCUCAUUAGUGGCUACCUUCAACGGGGCUUUCUCAACAAUGCUGUGAGACUGCUGGAUUUGAUGAAGAAUAAUGGAUGUAAACCUGAUGAAUGGACUUAUGCAGAACUUGUUUCUGGUUUCUGCAAGAGGGGCAAGCUUGACUCGGCUUCUGCUCUCUUCCAGGAAAUGAUAAAGCAUGGUUUAAGUCCAAACCAGGUCAACUAUACAGCUUUAAUUGAUGGUCUUUCCAAGGAAGGGAAAGUGGACGAUGCACUCGCAUUACUUAAAAGGAUGGAAGAGAGUGGUUGCAGUCCAGGCAUUGAAACAUACAAUGCUAUUAUAAAUGGUUUGUCCAAACAAAAUAGGCUUUUGGAAGCAGAGAGACUUUGUAAUAAGAUUGCAGAAAGUGGACUGCUCCCAAAUGUCAUCACCUACUCAACUUUGAUUGACGGGCUUUGUAGGAAUGGGGGGACUCAUCUUGCAUUUAAGAUUUUCCAUGAUAUGCAAAGAAGAAAUUGCACGUCUAACCUGUACACUUACAGUUCGCUUAUCCAUGGUUUAUGUCUUGAAGGCCAGGCUGAUAAGGCAGAGAGCUUACUCAGAGAAAUGGAGAAAAAAGGAUUAGCUCCUGAUUAUGUGACAUAUACUUCACUAAUUGAUGGUUUUGUAGCAUUGGGUAGACUAGAUCAUGCAUUUUUACUUCUUCGCCAGAUGGUUGAUAAGGGCUGUGAACCAAAUUAUAGAACCUAUGGUGUCUUGUUGAAAGGAUUGCAACAGGAGUGUCAGUUGAUUUCAGGGGAGGUCGCCAUCCAGCAUGAAACAGUGUAUAGUAGCACAGCUAGCAAGAAGGGUGUUAGUUUUGAACUGUUAUGUACUCUCUUAGAUAGAAUGUCUGAAAUUGGUUGUGAGCCAAAUGCAGGCACAUACUGUACUUUAGUUCUUGGCCUUUCUAGAGAAGGUAAAACUGCUGAGGCAGACCAGUUGAUAAAACAUAUGAGAGAGAAAGGCUUCAGUCCCACUAGUGCAGUAAAUUGCUCUCUUAUAGUUUCUUACUGCAAGAAUCUGAAAAUGGACGCCGCUAUGGAAAUAUUUGAUUCAUUGAUUCUACAAGGUUUUCGGCCUCCUUUGUCAAUUUAUCAAUCACUCAUUUGUGCUCUCUGUAAAAAAAGCCGACUAAAAGAAGUUGAAGUGUUAUUUGAAAACAUGCUUGGGAAACAGUGGAACAGUGAUGAGAUUGUUUGGACCAUUCUGAUUGAUGGUUUACUGAAGGAGAGAGAAUCUGAAUUGUGCAUGAAGCUUCUUCAUGUCAUGGAGUCCAAGAGCUGCACUAUUAGUUUCCAGACAUAUGUUAUCUUGGCAAGAGAAUUGUCUAAACUAGAUGGUUAAAUGAUGCAAGUCAAAUGAAUUUUUUGAGGUGCAAUUGAUCUGCAGCUCCACGAAUCAGAAAUAACUUGUUUGAAGAGGAAGCUAAGCAGGAAAAAACCUUCUGUUUCAGAAGCUGCUCUGCAAAUGCGAGUAAGCUGAGUUCUGGCUGAGCUUCAUGUUGAAGGAGCUGACCUUUGCAGGUCAAAUGCAGAAGGAUCCAUUCUGAUAGCUGUCAACUCUCACUUGCUUAUGGCAUUUUACAUGUCCAGCAAAGUAGGAAUCAAACCUCAAGCAUUGACUAGAGCAGCCAUAUUGAUUCUUUAACACAUAAACCUCGGUCCAAAGGUUCAUUCUUUUAUCUCUUCUCCUCUAAUACAAGAUUUUUGUAAAUAAUAAGAGUGCAGUCCCAUUUUUUUGAAUUAACAUGGAGGUAUAACAGAGCAGUUUGAUGUACAUAAUCCUGCUUAGCUUCAGAAAUCUUUGACAACUGAUGAACAUUUACUUUGUGUCGUUGUAUUUAUGAUUUCGAGUUGAGCAGGAUGCUGUUUGUACUUGUAUUUGUUUUAGACAUAGUUACAGGUAAUAAGAUAUGCACACACAAAAGUUUUUUGUGUUUUA